AUGGAGAAUUACCCAAUGUCCAAGCAGCUGCCGUGGCCCGUCAACGUGUCCUCCAUUCUUAACCACCCAAUCGACAUCCUCUCCGCCCUCACUUACCAUCGCUCGGUAAACUGCCAUCAACACCCCCCCGCUCGUCUGUCCUGCGCGAAGUCGUGCCUGACUUGCCAUCUCGAGGCAGGUCGUAUCAUCAUCGUUGUGGGGUUCACCGUGACUUGUGCGGAAAGCAUGUCGACGUGUCAUCCAUGCUUAUCCCCUCAUAUCCACGUUGUCGCCUUCGUUCACCAUCCGCCAAACCGUCCAAACGUCGGCGUAAUGUUGUUUCGGACGGCCUCCUCACGAACUCUAGGGAAUCGCGAAAGCUCGUCGACAUGUGUCCCGGCCUUCACUUGUCAUUCAUCAUCGAUUUCAAUCCAUGACAUCGCUCUCGCUCGCCCUGCCUCGCUGAACUGCCAUUAG